CCACAGCAUGUGAGCUCAGAUCACCUGAAGUCUCACACAGGCAAAAUGACCUCAGCCGAGUCCAAGUCAGAGCUCUUUACAGUAGCCACUGGUGAUGGAGGGGAUGCCCAUCAGAAUCAGCCUAAGAAGUUGCCGUUCUACGAACGCUACAUUCAGCCGUGCCUGGCAGAGCUCCUCGGCUCCUUUCUCUUCAUGUUUGUGGGCUGUGUGUCGGUCAUGGGCAACGUGGGCAUCAGCGGGAGCAUCCAGCCUGCUCUGGCACAUGGACUAGCACUGGGUAUAGCAAUUGCCAUUUUUGGAGAAAUCAGUGGUGGUCACUUCAAUCCAGCUGUGUCUGUGUGCGUUUACCUCAUUGGAGGAAUGGAGCUCAUACUCUUGGUACCAUACGUGAUCUCACAAAUGUUAGGUGGAGUGAUCGCUGCCAGCCUUGCCAAAGCUGUCACUACACCUGAGGCAUUUGGAAAUGCAACCGGAGCAGCGUUUAAUGCCAUUCCGUCCACUUCUGGCAUCGGCUCUGCAACUGUGGCAGAGAUGAUUAUGACGCUCUUCUUGACUAUGGUUGUCAGCAUGGGUGCCGUGAACGGAAGGACACGCAGUCAGCUGGCUCCUUUCUGUAUUGGACUCACUGUGACUGCAAAUAUUUUGGCUGGGGGUGGAAUAUCAGGAGCAUGUAUGAAUCCAGCACGGGCCUUUGGACCAGCAAUAGUGUUCGGUCACUGGACGCACCACUGGAUUUACUGGGUGGGACCUUUGACUGGUGCUCUUGUAACUGUCAGCCUUGUGAGGUUGGUAGUGGGAGACAAGAAGGUUCGUGUGAUUUUCAAAUGAUGGAGAGGGAACCGCAGAGGAUCUCAUGUUGCAAGCUUUUUAAAUUCAAAAUAACUUGUAAAGCAUUGUAUGAUAUUGUCAAACAUUUAUAUUCUAAUAAUAGUGUAGUAUUCUAAAAUUUUCUGUAUUCUGAUGCUUCAUUGCCUCUUUGCCAAGUGUAUAGCCAAGUGUUGUUGUAGUUAUUAUAGCCUGCCAUUAUGUAUUCUAAUGUUUUCUAGUAAUAAACAAAGUCUUUUGUUACAAA